UUUGGACCAAGAUGCCAAGGAAUGUGCCUGUUCUAUCAGUCCUGGUAAUCUUCUGCGGGCUAGUGUGGAAUAGUGUUGAACAGUGCGAAGAGACAGCUAAAAUGUCAGAGAUGAACCUUGAUAUUGAAUAUAACCUCCAUUCCUUCACCGCUGAUACACAAAUACAAAAUAUCCUUCAGCACAAUGGUUACGUUUAUGUCGGAGCAGUGAACAAGCUCUUUGUACUCAAUGAAAACCUCACUAAAGUAUCUGAGUACAAAACAGGACCUGUAUUAGAACAGUCUGACUGUGGGGGACCUUGUGAGGGCUGUCUGGAUAAGGAACACACUUCAAAUGGUACUUGGAAGGACAAUGUCAAUAUGGCUUUACUUUUUGAAGACUUCUAUGAGGAACAACUGAUAAGCUGUGGAAGUGUUCAUCAAGGAACCUGUCAGCGGCAUGUGCUUAACCAAGACAAACCCUGGGACAUAGGAAGUAACGUUCACUGUUUGUUCUCCUCGCUGGCUACAAAUGUCUCAGAUUGCCCUGACUGUGUUGUCAGUGACUUGGGAAGUAAGAUCCUGGUAACCGAAAAGGAUAGGUUUGUCACAUUCUAUGUAGGCAACACUCUUAGAGAAUCACCCUCCAGUCUUCAUUCAGUGUCGAUCCGGAGACUGAAAGAAACACAAGAUGGAUUUGAGUUUCUUACAGAUCAUUCUUACAUGGAUAUCCUCCCCAAAUUUAGAGAGUCACAUCCUGUCCAAUACAUUCAUACCUUUAAAAGUGACAACUUUAUUUACUUUUUAACAGUACAGAAAGAAUCUCUGGACUCCCAGGCCUAUCACACUAGAAUCAUCAGAUUCUGUGCUUCAGACUCUGAGUUGCGCUCCUAUAUUGAAAUGCCUUUUGACUGUUUCUAUACAGAGAGGCGCAGGAAAAGAUUGGCUAUGCAAGAGAAUUUCAAUAUUUUACAAGCUGCCACUAUCAGCAAAGCAGGGGAAGCCUUGCAAAAUGAGAUUAGAUUCAGUCCAAAUGAUGACAUCUUAUAUGCUGUCUUUGCCCAAAGUAAGCCAGACUCUCCCGAAUUGACAAACAGAUCUGCUGUAUGUGCAGUAUCUAUAAAAAUGAUCAAUGAAGUCUUCGACAGUGGUUUAGGAACACAUACCAACUGUCUGGGGCAUUUUUUUGGAAGAGACAGCCACAAUUCAUGCAUUCACAAGACAUAUCUGAGGAAUGCCUCUCAGUGUUCUUCUCCGAUUGAUGAACAUCGUGUAGAAGUUUCCAACCCGCUACAUCGUCUUGACUUGUUUAUGGGUCAGUUUAAUAAUGUGUUGCUGACCUCCAUCUCAGUCUUCACUCAAGGCAGCCUCACCAUAGCAAAUCUAGGCACGUCUGGUGGUCGCUUCAUGCAGGUUGUAAUUUCUCGUUCUGUUCAAACUCAGCCUCAUGUCAAUAUUGCCCUUGACACGCAUCCCGUGUCUUCUGCAGUGGUGAUCAAUGAGACAUCCAAGCAGAAUGGAUAUGUUCUAGUUAGUACGGGAAAGAAGAUUAUGAAGAUCCCAUUAGUAGGCCUUGGCUGUGAACACUACAAAUCUUGCAGUCAUUGCAUCUCAACUCCUUCAUAUAUGAAUUGCGGCUGGUGCAAGAACCGUUGUUCCAGGAAAAACAACUGCUUUAACGAAGAGUGGACUCAGAAAACCUGCUCUCCAGUUGUGGCUGAGAUCAUUCCAACAUGUGCUCCAUUUGAUGGUGGUACUCAGCUAACAAUAUGCGGAUGGGAUUUUGUUUUAAACAAAGACACUACGGGCUUUCAGGAUAAUUCCGUGUUGUUUGGAAAAUAUAAAUGCAAAAUAGAUGUAAAAAACAGCAGUCAAAACAAGUUGGUCUGUAAGGUCAGUCAAGAAGCUAGUGUCACGUUCAACAUUAGCAGCAGUGUGUCCAAUGGAAAACAGACAGUGAAUUUUACCUCAUUCUCAUUUGUGAACCCUGUGAUAGCAGGCAUUACUCCUACUUAUGGACCACAGUCAGGGAAGACACUGCUUACGUUAAAAGGACAUUAUCUGAACAGUGGGAAGGACAGAAAAGUUUACAUUGGAGAAGAUGUAUGCACUAUCAAGAGUGUGUCCAGUACUGCCAUUGAGUGUUACACCCCAGGCAAAAGAAUUGCAGCCUAUCCUGUGACACUGAAAAUCGACAAUGCCCGUCGCAAGGCAAGCACCCCUUUUACCUAUAGGGAGGAUCCAUCCAUUUUUAAAAUUCAACCAACAAAGUCUUUCCUUAGCGGAGGAAGCACAAUCACAGCACACGGGAGAAAUCUCAAUGCAGUUGCCUCACCUCAAAUGGUAAUCCAGUUAUCGGAACCAGAACUACAGUUUCAUAUGACCUGUACCCACAGAUCUAUUUCGGAAUUAGUUUGCGGUUCAACCCCAUCACUGAAGAGGUUAAACUUGAAGCUACCAAUUGUCACACAGGCUUUUUUCAUUUUUGAUGGUGUGAUUUCUUCUGCCUCUGGAUUUACCUUUGUAGACAACCCUGUGUUUAAAACAAUGGAUAAGCCACUCGUUAUUUCAAGGGGUAAUAGAAACAUCCUAGAAAUUAAGGGAGAUAAUAUUGACUCGGAAGCUGUUAGGGGUGAAGUACUGAAGGUUGGUAACAAGAGCUGUGAAAUUGUCCAAACGAACUCGGAUUUUGUCUCUUGCGCUGUUUCCACUGAUCUGAUCAAGUCCAACAGUGAGUUAAAAAUAGAGCUACUGCAAGAAGUUUCAUCCAUUGUCAUUGGCAAAGUGAUGAUUCAGCAAAAUCAGAACUACACUGGAAUAUUUAUUGGAGUUGUGUCUUGUGUGAUCCUGCUUUUAGCCUUGUUUGGAAUCUUUAUUUGUGUGAAAAAAAGAAAGCAACUGAAAGAUAAAGGUGGUGAACGUGUGUUGUUUGAUGGCAGAGUACAUACCCCUCACUUGGACAGACUAGUGAGCGCAAGAAGCGUUAGUCCCACCACCGAAAUGGUAUCUAGUGAAUCUGUGGAUUAUCGGGCUACAUUUCCAGAAGAUCAGUUUCCAAACUCGUCUCAUAGUGGAUCAUGCCGACCAACUCAAUACCCUCACCGGGACCUCUCCCCUAUAUUGUCAAGUGGAGAUUCAGACAUUGCUAGCCCGUUGUUGCAGACAUAUGUUCACAUUGAUAUAAAUGCCUUAAGUGCAGACCUUAUGAAAAAAGUUGAACACAUGGUUAUUGGAGUGGAUCGCCUUCUUGUGCACUUCAAUAAAGUCAUUGGAAGAGGACAUUUUGGAUGUGUAUAUCAUGGUACUCUUUUAGAUACUGAUGGGAAGAAAAUACACUGUGCAGUCAAAUCUUUAAACAGAAUCACAGAUAUUGAAGAAGUUUCCCAGUUUCUCAAGGAAGGCAUCAUCAUGAAAGAUUUCACUCAUCCAAACGUCCUCUCCUUGUUAGGCAUCUGCCUUCCCACUGAGGGUUCCCCUCUGGUAGUACUGCCUUUCAUGAAACAUGGGGAUCUCAGGAACUUUAUCAGAAAUGAAGCUCACAAUCCAACAGUGAAAGACCUCAUAGGAUUUGGUCUACAAGUUGCUAAAGGUAUGGAGUAUCUUGCAAGCAAAAAGUUUGUCCACCGAGAUCUGGCAGCAAGAAACUGUAUGCUUGACGAGACAUUCACUGUCAAAGUGGCAGACUUUGGCCUUGCGAGAGAUGUUUAUGACAAGGAAUACUACAGCGUGCACAAUAAAACUGGAGCAAAAUUACCUGUGAAAUGGAUGGCACUUGAAAGCUUACAGACACAAAAGUUCACUACAAAAUCAGAUGUGUGGUCAUUCGGUGUGCUGUUAUGGGAGCUAAUGACAAGAGGAGCACCCCCAUAUCCUGAUGUCAAUUCUUUUGAUAUAACUGUUUAUUUACUACAAGGACGAAGACUACUACAACCCGAAUACUGUCCUGAUACACUGUUUGAAGUCAUGUUGAAAUGCUGGCAUCCAAAACCAGAGUCACGUCCAACAUUUUCUGAAUUAGUUUCAAAAAUUUCAUCUCUUUUCUCAACGUUCAUUGGGGAGCAUUAUGUGCUUAUCAACACAACAUACGUCAAUAUAAAAUGUACUGCUCCCUAUCCAUCUCUCCUACUCGCUGAAGAAAACACAGAUUUUAAUCUGGAUACAUGACUUUUUCCUUCCACCAUGUGACUCUUACUCUUGGAUUUCAAGAAGAUCUUUUUGUCCAAGUACUUAAUUGAUGUUAUAUGUCAGCGCAGUUGGCAUUGCUUUCACUUUUGUUAUAUUGCACUAGAAAAAGACAUAUGUUGAUUAAUGUGCCUACAGACUGCUGUACAGAAGAUGGUACAUGAUACACAAAAUUUUUUAUUGACAGGUUAGGAAAAGGUUACUUGUUUCUUGUCUUUAAAAUGUAUAUUGUUGCCAUGUGUUCAGCACAGUUCUAAGAAAUGAGCCCCGCACUGAUAGUGGGCAGUGCAUGGCUAUUCUCAUAACAUCUCCAAAACAAUGUGAGUUCUAUGCUGUAUGUCUGUGUAGCACUUUUAUCUAGGCAGAUAGCCGCUGACUGUGGUUGUGCAAAAUCCUCGUUCAGAUGCUGGAAAAAAAAUAAUGGACAAUAAAAAAGAAGAAAAUGUUCUUACUGGAAAAAUUAAUAUCAGAAU